AUGGGCGACGUCGAUUUGCGUGCGCUGCAGCUGCAGCUGCAGCAACAGCGAUCGAGCCUUGCCGAUCAGAUCCUUGCGCGCCUGCCGGAAGCAUCUGCAUCUGCAAAUGCGCCGCGCGUCGAAGAGACGCGCCGCUCUUCGACGCUCGGUCUCGGCGCCCAAGGCGAGCAGCGCGCGCAAAGUGCGGCGGAUCGGAAACUGCGCGCAAAGCUGAGCGCCAAGCCACGCAGAGAGCAUGUAGAGGUGAGGGAGAAGGAAGAGGAAGAGGAAGAGGACAAAGCUGCUAUGGGACGCCGCAUGGCGAAACGCAAAGCGGAUCCAUUUGCCGCUGCCGAGGCCAAGGUCCAGGCUGGGAAGGAGCGCGCUGGCCAGUCUUGGGCGCCGGACCUUGCACACAUGAGCAAGGCGCAACGCAAGAAAUGGAAUAAGCGCAGGCGUCUUGAAGAAGAGAGCGGUGCGCCGGUUUGUGCGCCUGCUCCCGACACCGCACCGCCAGCGCUCACCUCGCUCCAAUCCUCUAUGCUCAGCAGCCUAAAAGGCGCGCAUUUUCGUGCCAUCAACGAAAGGCUUUAUACCACCGACUCACGCGACGCACAUGCAUUUAUGCAACAAGAGCCGCAUAUGUUUGACGAGUACCACGAAGGAUUUCGCCAGCAGGUACGCAAAUGGCCGAUCAAUCCAGUGGACCGCAUUGCAGAGUUGCUCCUCGGUAAAAGCAAAAGCAAGUAUACCAUGCGUGCCGCUGAGCUUUCUGGAGCGCUUGUGGUUGAUAUUGGCGCGGGCGAAGCGGCCCUGGCCAAGAAACUCGCCGCCAAACGCUUCCACAUGCUCAGCUACGACCUAAUUGACAGCGCGGACGGGUGGGUUUGCGGCCUCGAUGCGGCCAAAGUCAACGCACUUCCGCUCCCUGGCACAUUUUACCCUUUGGGCCUUUUGUUCGACGAGACGUGGCCAGUGCCAGCGCCCCCCUGUGCCGACCUCGUCGUGUUCUGUUUGAGUCUUAUGGGCACAAACUGGGUCGAGAUGAUCGCCGAGGCGUGGCGUGUGCUGCGCAACGACGGAGAACUGCUACUUGCCGAAGUCACGAGCCGGCUUGGUGCUACAGGUGCUACAGACGAGUUUGUCGCGCUCGUCGAGUCGCUUGGCUUUGCGCUCGCAUGGCAGGACACGUCCAAUACGCACUUUGUCCUGUGCAGUUUUGUCAAGCGUGUGCGCACCUGCACUGCAUCGCACUCCGCGACGCUCGACUGCACACUCCCACCACACAUACUUGUGGAGAGCGUAUCGAGCCCCGCCCAAGCGCGCUUCGCAUUUGGCGCGCUCGUCAAAAAAGGCGCAGCGGUACUGAAACCUUUGCAUGGCCCUUUUACUUCAUUGCCGACAUUUUCGCGCGAUCGAACCACGUCAGAGCGCGACUCUGACGCACCAUCCACCACGUCCUCAAACACCAUUACAGGAUCGCCGGUGACCAACCGGACACCUAUUACUGAAUCGAAGGGAUCGACCCCAACAUCAACGUUGCGCACAUUCAGCUCAACAGACAUGGACUCCACGACGCGCGAAACCACGCGUGAUUCCACGACGACAAGCGAGACGAGCUCGCCCACCACAUCCCAAGAAUCCACGACAACCAGGGAUACGACGAGAGAAACGACGAGGGAAACGACCAAAUCAGGCAACAGGCCUACGACCAGUGAUCGUCCCACGACAAGCAGCCCAACCAGUGCACCUACGAGCCAGGACAGUGACACUUCUUCGUCGAGUAGCACGGAUACGUCGUCGAAUAACACGGACUCCUCUAGCAGCACGUCUAGCAGCACAGGCGCCGCGUCGAGCGCAAGCAGCUCGAGUGGCGGGCCUACAAGCGCACCGAGCUCAACAUCCAGUGCCACUGGAGCGGGCGCUGCGUCAAGCGAGAGCACGAGCGAAAGCGGCAACGAGAGUCAAAUUACGAGCUACUCCAAGCUUACCACCUUUGUCGAUGGCCAACCGACAACUUCAACACGAAUGGUCAUUUCCACGGCUUCCAAUGGCAGUUUGAACGAUGUGAACGACAACAAAACAGGCUUCUGGCACGAUUCCGGCGCUGUAGGCGGCACGUUUGCCGCAGUUGGCAUCGUCACACUUGCACUCCUCAUUGCGCUCGCUUGGCUUUUGUGGCGCAGGCGCAAAGCAAAGCGCAUGGAUGCCGACGUUGUUGCUGCUGCUUCUGCUGCUGCUGCGACCAGUAGAACGCCGUUUGAUGACGAUGACGACGAUAUGAUGAUGUCAGAAGUUAAUGGAUACGCGCCGGACGGCGCCCUUUCGCCGUUUGGGUCGAAUGCAGUGAUGCCGUUUUAUGGGCGACAAGCGCCCGAGCCAGGCUACCCUAUUCAAAGCCAUGCCGCGAGUGACGAUCCGUACGCUUCUGAUGUGCCGCUCGCGCACCAAAACGCGCUCGACUACUUGACCAAUGCGAAUUCACGCGGAACUUAUGUGCCCGUCCCGAACGAGAACGGCGUACCUUUUGAUGCGCCAUCUUCCUCUGGAAUGUUUGCUGCCGGCCUUGGUGCUGCCGCCGCUGCCGGCGUUUCGUCAAAUGGCUUCGAGGAUCCGUUCCGUAACUCGGAGGAUACUGGCGCUUCACACUAUGGAUCUGCGUACGGCCAGCCUGUCGGCGCGGCAUUCUCUGGCCAUGGCUCGGAGCGGAACUCGAUUCCAAUGCCAUACGACGAGAGAAGCUUUAGCGCAGCCACGCAGUAUAACGAUGCCCCCGAAUCGAUGCAUUCGAACUCGCAGCCGCGCGACGCUGCCAUCCAGCAAGGCUACCCCUUGGGCGCUCCAGCUCAGCCCUCGUACGCCGCAGACGCCCCAAUGCAGCCUGCCGAUGUGGGCUCUUCUUUCCAGCAAGCCGAGCCUCCUUUCCCAAUGUCCACCGCCCAGCAUGAUGCUGGUUUCCAGCCCAUGCAUGCGCAAGCGCUGCACCCCGCAGCGUACGCCGCAGCGAAUGCCAAGGCUGCGCCUGCAGGCUUUGCCGCAGCGCAGUACGACCAAUUGAACGAGCCGCCUUCGUACAUGUUUAGCGCUGCUCAUUUCCCUACAAACGAGAAAGCCGCGCAAGAUGCAAAAGCCAGCGCUCCGCCGAUGGCCGAUCCCAGCGUAAGCAGUGCCCUUGCCGCGCCUGCAGAUGCGCCUGCCUCGCUCGUGCAGCACUCACCGGAACUGCAUCCGGGAGCUCACCUAUUUAGUGACCAUGGCGACCACGGCCCUGCCGAUAGCCAAAGCCUGCAUGGCGAUUGGGAUCCUCCUGCGCUUUCCAGUGCUUGGUUUCCCGGUGCGGGCCAAAGCGUUGCGUCUGGCGCCGAGCAGAGCGAGCUUACUGAAGCCCAAGCGCGUCCGUUUGUCACUGCCCACAAGUUUGCCGAGGGGGACUAUCCUACAGCCUCGGUGGUUCAAUCUCCGCAGCGCCUCGUUGUGCGCAACCCUUCGCCGGAGGAUGUAUAA